AUGCAAUAUGGUAUUCAUAUGAAGUUGGAUUUGGAGGAAAUUGGUGAAACUCCGAACCUUAGCGAGACCUUACAUUGUGCUAAUGGUCCUCGGGUCUCAGGCAUCUCUCGUACGUCUACCGUUGCUCAGGCCAAAUCUAGUGGUGUUUGGACUCUCCCUCGAGGCAGACACCCAAUUUUAAUCCUCUUGAGAAACUGCCUUCCCUCUCCACCUCCUUCUCUCUCAAAUUCUGCUGAAGAGGAGGAUUUAUUCUUGUGGAAGUCUGAUCCUAUUUCCCCACCGGGACGUUUCUCCACAGGAAAAACCUGGAAUUCAUUACAUCCCUCUCCUCCACCGGUUGUUUGGCACAAGUCUGUUUGGUUUGUAAAUCACAUUCCCAAACAUGCGUUUCAUCUAUGGGUGACUGUUCAAGAUCGCUUACCAACAAGGGACAGACUCUCUCGUUGGGGUUUGGAUGUUCCAGAGGUUUGUCUUCUCUGUGGAACGGAUUUAGAAUCAAGGGAUCAUCUUCUCUUCCUUUGUAGUUACUCUGCUCAAGUGUGGAGCUCGUUCUUCUCUCACCGUUCCCUUUCCCCUCCCUCAUCUUUUGUCGACAUUGUCUCUUGGAUAAGGUCAAACAACCUUCCUCCAAAACUUAAGCUUAUUUGUAAGCUAAUUUUCCAGGCAGCGGUUUAUUACAUUUGGAAAGAGCGUAAUGCUAGACUACAUUCUCCUAUAGUCAAGGUCUCCCAAUCCUUGGUAAAGGAGAUUCAGUUGCUUCUGCGUGCAAAGCUUGCUGGGCUAGACAGAUCCCUGACCUCUAAUGUGUUAUCUUCGAGCUCUUCUCAGCAAUCCUAUCUUUGCACUUGGUUCGAAUUCAUCCAGUUAUAA